UAUGGCAAUCCCAGUUCAGUGAAUGAAUGAACGAUAACAUAGACAACUGAAUAAUAUACUGUCUUCCGGACACCAUCUUUUCGAUUUCUCUUGUUGUCGUUGUCAGGUCGGCGAUUUUUGUAAAAACCCGCAACCAUGGGUCGUAUGCACGCACCUGGUAAAGGUAUCUCACAGUCGGCGUUGCCUUAUCGCCGCAGUGUACCCACUUGGUUAAAACUGACCGCUGAUGAUGUCAAGGAACAAAUUUUCAAACUUGGCAAAAAAGGCCUCACUCCUUCCCAAAUCGGUGUUAUGCUUAGGGAUUCCCAUGGAGUUGCGCAGGUCAGAUUUGUCACAGGCAAAAAGAUCCUGCGUAUCAUGAAGGCUAUGGGUCUUGCUCCAGAUCUACCAGAAGAUUUAUACUACCUGAUCAAGAAAGCUGUUGCCAUGAGGAAGCACUUGGAACGUAACAGGAAGGACAAGGACAGCAAAUUCAGGCUCAUUCUUGUUGAGUCCAGAAUCCACAGACUGGCCCGCUACUAUAAGACAAAGAGCGUGCUCCCUCCCAACUGGAAAUAUGAGUCGAGCACUGCCUCCGCUUUAGUGGCUUAAGUUUAAAUAAACUAUGUAAAUUUCCA